AUGGAUAUACCAUUAUCAUCAUCAUCAUCAUCUGAUAUUGAGCAUAAACCGAAACGACCUUCAAAUAUACAUCGUUUUCGUAAUCGAUGUCGACAAAUGUUGGCUCUAACAAGACAACAUAAUAUUUUAAGACGUCGGUUCCGUAAAUCAACAACGUGUGAUAUAUCAUCUGACGAAGUUCUACCUGAUGAAAAUAAUCUCGAAUCUUCUAAAUCAACACCAAUGAAUCGAAUACGUCAUGGUGGUACAAGACGUUUUUCUCUUGUUAAACUUGAAUUACCAACUGGAGAUUCAAAUGCAUCAUCAACAGAUGAUGGGAAAAGUCAAAUUCCAUCGUCAAGUCCAAAUCUAAUUCAAAAAUUACUUUUUCGACAAUUUAGUCCUAAAACUCGUCCUUGUUCAACAGGAAUAUCUUCUGAUGAUAGUGCCUCUCAAUCAAAUGAUAUACUUCAUAAUUAUGCUGGUGGUGGUCGACGAAUAACAACACCAACAACACCAAAACAUUCAUGGUCAAAUUCAUCAUCUUCAAAUAAUUGUAAACAAAUAGUUGAUACUAAAGAUAAUUUAUUAUUAUCACCACCAAAUACAAUUUUAUCAAAAAGUCAACAAUUAGACUUAACAUCUUAUUUAUCUCGACGACGUAAUACAACUGGAAGUAUUUCACUUAAUAAAAUUGUUGAUUUAAAAAAUACACCAAGUGGUACUACACUUAAAUUAAGUGCAGCUUCUCCAUUUGGUAAUUCAAAUAAUAGAUUAUCUACUGAAAAUAUUUUUCAAAUUGUUGAAGAUUCAGAUUUAUUUGCAACAAAACAACUUCUACAUGUUAAUGAAAAACUUGUUAAUUCGUACAAUGAAUAUGAUUGGUGUCCAUUAGAUAUAGCUAUUAUGUUAAAUAAUAUUCCAAUGAUUCGACUUCUUGUUGAAUAUGGUGGUGAAGAAAGUUCUAAAAUUCAACCUGAAGAAUGUCGUUAUCAAAGUGUUUGUCAUCAAUUAACAAUUCUUUCUCAACAAAAUUCAGAUGAAACUAUAAAAAAAUCUUCAUCAAAUAAAUUAACAACGGAUGAUGUUCAAUUACGUCGUUCAUCACCGUCAAAUGACACUCAACAACGUCAUCGUCGAAUAAGUAAAGGCCAACAAGAACAAUUACAAAUACAACAACAACAACAGCAACAAUUUUAUCAACAACGUACAUUAACUUUGACACAAAUGAAAGAUAAUUAUGAACAAGCAGGUGAGAACAAAAAGAAAAAAAGAACAAAUUGA